AUGCUCGAGGUGGCGUACACCACAUGUGCAAUUCCAUCGCCAUCACCACGGCCCACGGCCCUCUCAUGUAAAAAUAAAUCGCUGGCUGACCACGGCAUGGACAGAACGCGAAGUCAAGAAAGCAAACCGCGAACUCUCCUCGCUCCUCUCCAACAUGGACGGCCCCCUCUCUCGCCUCGAGGUCGUCCAGAAGCGAUACACCGAGUUGCUGUCCGACAUGAAGCGCACCGAGCGCGAACACCAAAAGGCAAAGAAGCGCGGCGACCAGCUGCAAAAGGAAAAGGACGCCCAGCGCUCGGAGCUUAA